GCUGCCACUCUGCCCUCAUAUUUACUAAAAGCUUAAAUGUAGGCCCUAUCUGUCUUGAUUGUCAUGUUCCAUAGUGAAACAUCAUAUCUGUUUUCUCUAAAAUAACAUUGUCUAUGUUAGAGUCUGCUUUAUAUUUUAUGCUAUUUUCUUAUUUAAUUUGUUUGUUUCUACAUUACAUACAAAUCAGACACCAACUUCUUUUUGCGCACUCUUAUUUUGAAUCUAUUGCGUCAUAUCCGCUGGCCAUUUGGAUCUCAUCAAUGCUUGUGUUGCUCUUGCUCGAGGGAGUUCGUGCUGCGGACCUUUGCCUUUAAGCCUUAAUUUGUGUCUAGUGAGUGGCUCACAGCUCAAAUGUAUUACAGCAGUUUGAUUAUGACUUUGUUUGCGUUGCGUUGAUGUGACUGAACGGUACUACAUCUUCAUGGUUGCGUGCGCGUGCAAACGUGGUCGUGACAACACGACUCGCUAACGUUAGCUGUUCACCCAGCAACUCGUUACUGACCAGUGAUCGCAAACUGUUGGGAAAUGGUGAAAAAUCGCAAGAAAGGAAAGGGACCAGCUCUUCCUCCAGGACCUGGAGCACCUCCUCCACCCCGACCUCCUCCCCCUCAAGGCGGCUUUCGAGGUCCUGCGCCCGGUUACCCGAUGGGCCCCCCUGGACCGAGGUUUCCUGGGCCCCCUCGCGACUUCGGACCGCAUGACCCCCGGAUGAUGAUGAUGAUGGACGACAUGGAAAGAGAUCGAGGGUUUAUGCACGAAGCGCCUGGAUUCAUGAUGGACGACAGGCCUUAUCCUCACCCCAUGGAUUUUCCCGACAGACAUGAAUUUCACCCGCGUUUCGAUGGACCUGAUCCAGGUUUCCAUCAUCCCGAGUUUGGGAACAGGCCACCAGCGUCGCAUUUUUACCACCCAGAGCUUGAAUAUGGACCGCGGUUCCGUCCUCCACCAGAGUUUUAUGACGGACCUCCGGACUUCUGUCCGCCUGAGUUUAGGGGAAGACCCCCGAGCUUCCACCCGCCCGAGUUUGAAGGUUACCACCGGAUGAACCCUGGAUUCGACCAAAUGGAGCCCUAUGGUCCAAGAGACCCUUAUUACAUGCCACAAAUGGACCCACAUGGCAAUCAUGCGUUUGCUGGACCACUGGCACCUGAUUUCCGAGGCCCGGGUCCAUUACAGCCCCCACCUGAGGCAUUCAGUGCCACUAGUGGGCCUCCUCCUGCUGGUCCACUCCAACCCCCGCAGAAACAAGAUCAGCAGGCUCCGAAAGAAACCAAGACUGAACCUGCUAAAUCCAUGGCUUCAAAGAUAUCCACGUUCAAGAAUAUGUCUGCAAACACACCUCGUGGACGCUCAUUGGGAGUAAUUUCACUUAUUGCUAAUAAUUGUGGUUUCAUUGAACGGGAGGAUUUGAAGAAGUUUUCUUUCGCAUUCGAUGCUUUUAUGGGAAACCGUGCUCUUCUGGUGCCUGGGGUUAAAGUGCAUUUCACAGCAGUGAAAAACCUGGGAAAAGAAUGUGCGGUUGAUGUUAAAGUGGCACCAGGAGGAACCGAAGACAUUGACAGUACAGUGUAUGAAGGUGUAGUUCUCACAGUCCUUCCUGAUGACACCGUCCAGGAGGCUAACCCUGGCUGUAUCAGGACCAUCAUCUCUAAGGAUCCCAUUAAAUUGCCCUUUGGAAAGGUGGACACCAGUGUGACUCUGCUGCUGUAUGACCGUGUGGAGUUCCAGUUGCUGACGGAUGUUAUUACUAAGGAGCAAAGAGCCACAAACAUCAAACCAAAAACACCUGACACUUUUCAGCUCACCAAAGAAGUCAGGGAGACAGGUGUGAUUAUUAAUAAGAGCGAUGGAACCCUGACCAUCAAGACAGAGAAAAAUGAUAGCGUGAUGGCCACUGCUACCGACAGUUUAUCAGAUGAAGAGCUGAAUGUCAUGGAUGAAGUGGAGCUCACCAUUUUGACUGUGAACGACACAAAGAAGGCCGUCCGACUCAGAAAGCUUCCCAAGGACUCUGUGUCCUUGAAUCAAAAAGCAAAAGGCAAUGAAAAUAUUCCCGGCGCAAAGGACAGUACAUCUGGGACUACCCUUGUCAAAGACAAGUGGAAACCCAUUACUAAGGAAGCUGGUUCUCAAGAUUUGGACAUAAGCAGUGAGAAAUACGAGGGAACCAUUACCAAAAUCGCCCCAAAGAAAAGCCAAAGUCAAGAAAAAGUGAUGGACAACCAAGAGCCCACUUUGGGUCUCCUGGUCACCACAGUGGAGGGCACAGAGAAGCGCUUAUCUUUUAAAUCUGAUGACGUGAUCACAAAAGCCACCAUGAUGGUUGGUGACAAGGUCCAGUUCCACAUUUCCACCAACAGUGUGACUAAAGAGGAGUGCGCCGUCAACGUAGAGAUCCUGCCAGAAACUUUCCAGACAGAUUCUGAAGAGCAGCGCAAGAUAGGGCUUGUUGUCAAGAUGGAUGAUAAUUUUGGGUUCAUCAAGACACAACAGGAGCCGCAGCUAUUUUUUGACAUGGGUGAGGUUAUGGAGGACACCAAACUCACUUUGUCUGAGAAGGUGGAGUUUACAUUAGUACCGAGUCAAGCAGCUGAAGGAGGAAAACAGGCUGUUAGAAUAAGAAGGCUGAAUGAAAGCGUCUUCACAUCUGCACCCAAAUUAGAGGCAUUUGGAGUAAAAGAGAAGAAGAAAAUGACUAUCAAAUUGCUGAAGGAUCCGAAAGACCAAAUCAAGGAGGGGGUCAAAACAGAGGACAAAGUCAGUGAAUCAGUGGAUGUAGACAAGCCAAACAAGGGAAAAAACAAGACUUCAACAUAUAUGUCAUCUGCAAAAGAUCUGAAGAAGGAAAGUGACAUUAAACAAGAAAGAGUACGGAGCAGAAGCAGGGAAAAUAGUCGACGUCGGAGCAGGAGCAGAAGCAGGGAAAAUAGUCGACGUCGGAGCAGGAGCAGAAGCAGAGAAAGUGGUCGACGCAGAUAUAGUCGCAGCAGGAGCAGAAGCCGGAGCAGAGACAGAAGUAGAAGCUACUACAGAAAGCACAGAAGCUCCAGCCGUGAGAGGAGGGACAGCCGAUACAGAUACAAACGCAGCCGCAGUCGGAGCAAAGAGCGCGGAGAGAGAUCCCGAUGGAGUCGCAGCAGAAGCAGAGAAAGGAGCAGUCAGAGUGCUAGGAAGAGAAGCCGCAGCCCUGCCGACAAAUAUGAUCGCUAUUCGAAACAAAGUAGCAUUAAAGAUCCAAGUGACAAAAAGAAAGCUAAAAGCCCUGACAAUGUAGAGGAAGAAUUAUUGAGAAAAAAGAGAGAGCUAAUGGAACUCAACGAGCUGAUUGCACGUAAGAAAGCUAUUGUUGCUAUGGAGCACAAUGCAAAGAAAAUUGAACCUGAGGAUGGAAAAAGUGGAGUUACAACAUUUGAUUAUGAGCAUAUGCAUCAUGAAAACAUUUGGAUGCCUGACCUAAAACCAGUGAAGUCCAUCUUGAAGAAACAGUCUGAGCCUCACACUGAUUCUCAAUCUCAGGCGUCCGCAAACAAGGAAACUGCUGCUCCUUUUGUAAAGAAUGAAAGUCAAGAGAUGCAAAUUGGAUACCACCAAAAGACUUGUGCUUUUGGCUCAAAUACACCCAGCUACUCAACAUUUGAAAGUAUUGCUGAGAGGACCACUGCAGGGUCUGAAAAGACAUCUCUAUCUCAGAUUCAGGAUUCAGAAUUGGUCAGAAAAAAGAAGCAGUUAGAAGAUCUCAGUGAGUCAAUAGCCCGAAAAAGAGCGAUAAUUGCCUUGGAACAGAAGGUCAAAGUUGUACGGGAAAUGCAUGAAAUGGAAGAAGAAUACGAGUUUGACUCACACACAGAGGACCGAUUUGUAAUGUCUAAAGGGAACUUGUGGAGCUCCGAAAUAAAACCCGAUAUUCAACCGAAAAAGUCAAUUUUGAAGAAACGCUCAGAGAUUGUAGCAUCUCAGAGUGACAAAAUCUCAAUUGAUGAAUAUGGUCAACCAAGUCAGGAUGAGUCAUCUUUUACAAAACCGACUUCUCAGAAGACAGCAACUUUGCAAUCUAACAGGUCCUCCAAUCCACAACCCAUUCAUCCAGAUAUGUUGGGAUUAUUCAGCCGGAUCAUAAGUGCUUCUUCAGCAGCCUCACAAAGGUCUGAAACACCCCCUUUUAACAAGCCAGUUAUCCCACAGACACUUACUCAGGCAUCCGGUUCAAGAUCUUUGCAUGACCAGAAAUCUUCUAGUCUGUCUAAAGGUAGCAACGCUCAUGAUCAUCCUCCUAGCAGUAACCCUUCGACAAGCCAGACUUCACCAUCAGGUCAAAGGCGCAAUCUUACAACUCAAAUGGAGCGGUUCCUUAGUGCUCUCAACAAAGCUGACACCAGUGUUGUUAACUCAUUGUUUCAAGAGGCUAGAAAGGAUCUGGCUUUAAUAAACCCCCAGAAACCCCCUCAGCCUCAAUUAGAUAGAAACAUACCCUUCAUGGAUGAUGUAUAUGAUCCUUUUAAAGAAGAGGACGACCAUGACCAGCCUUCCCUAAUAGGUAAACAAUCUGGCCAAGAACGAAUGAAGACUGAGACACGUUUAAAUGACCCCAGCAAAGAUGACCUCUUGCCUCAUGAAAGAGCUGUUCAGGAUGGUAGUGGCUUUUCUCGGCUUGUUGGAAUGAAGUACGGUGUGGACCCUACUGCAAAAGCUGAGAAGAGUCCAUAUGGGCAUCUGAUGGUGUCAGAAAGCUGGAGUGCCCAUAAAGAAGAUCCAAAUCAGUUCUCUGAGCAGUGGAAUCAGUAUGAACAGGACACGGAUUUGUUUGCAACAGAACACAAAAAUUACACCGAUGAAUGCAGUGUAUAUAGGGAGCGUAGUCAGUCUGUUGAGUACCAAGAAGUCAAUCCAAAUGUUCAGCAUUCUUAUGUAGUGGACAAAGAGAUGCCUGAUAGUACGUUUGACAAAAGCUUAGCUCGUCAGGAGUCUGAAGAAAGCAUUGAAGAUAAAAACAGUAAGUCAGAGAACUUUGAAAAAAUUCAGAAUCUUCUUCAAACAAUAGGACUUCAUCUAGAUACAGCAGAGGUUAGCAAAUUAGCGGACAGGACGCAAGAGCGGUUGUAUGGUAAGACAAAAAAACCUCAUAGUGCACCUACUCACUCCUUUGAUCAAAAAAGGGAGCGAUCAUUGAGUCAAACUGGGCAAAGGUGCAGUAGUAGAGCAGAUUCCUCCGACUCUGAAGGCUUCCGAUCUGUUUCUCCAGCUCAGUCCUCAAAUCGCAAGGUUUACAUGAGUUAUAAGGACUCGGUAAAAUACAAAGACCAGCUCAAAGUGGAAGAUGUAGACCUAACUAGCAUUAAGAGAACUGUAGUGAAUUUAAAACCAGAAACUGAUAAACAAGAUCCUAACGAGCCCGAGCCGACCGCAGUUUCUGAAGCUUCGUACCAACCAAUGACCAUUGUAACCACAGUUCAGCCUGACACUUCCCAGUAUGCCCAAAAUUCCACCGUUUCCACCGUUCCCACCUUUGCAACUCCACAAUAUUCACAAUAUCAAAGUAGUAAUCAAAAUGUUUGGGGUUCUGUGACCCCUGGUCUGUACCCUUAUGGCACUGUACCUCCACCCCCUUAUGCUAUGGGUCACCAACCAAUGGCGCCCCAUAUGAUGUCUGCUUAUAGUUCAUACACUGCACAAAUGGCCACUCCAUAUUAUGCACCUCCUCCAUUCCCAAUGCCUCCUCCCUAUGGUCCUCCACCUGUCUCCAACCCUCUCCACUUCUCCUCAAUGGCCUCUGCUUACUCUACCCAAGCGCCUAGUCAAAUCCCAACCGAAUCUGUUAAAGCAAAGCCUGUUAGGUGCCUCAAAACAAUAGAAACAGUUCCAACACUUAAAACAGAGCCUGUCAGCGCACUUGUUACCAUACAACCUAAAGAGGACAGUGAAGCAAAACAAACUUCAGAGGAAGCCAAGAAUGUACAGGUUGCUACCAUUACAGAAGAUGACAUCAAGGCUAAGCAGAAGAAACGGCUUGAACAGUUUAACCAGAGAAUGAAGUUGAAGAAAGAGCAGCAAAUGGAAGCCCAGCGUUCACGUGGACAAAAUCGGAAUUCAGCUCCAGGUAAAAGUAUCCCCAAUGAGAUAAAGAAUGUGUGGAUAUGUGGCCACUCUCUUGUGUUUUGGGCUGAGAAGAGGGCUACUUCCCCUGAGUAUGGCGUGCAGUUGGGCAUGCACCCAGACUCAGUGCGCAUCUGGUGGAAGGGCGUGCAGGGCAUGAUGUGGCAACAGCUUGUGCCUUUGCUGCUCCAGCUCAAAGACAACUGGCCCAAACCUGAUGUGCUUAUAAUCCACUUGGGUGGAAAUGACAUAAGCACGACUGAUCCAGAGGCCUUUAUUGAGACUGUAAAGAAAGACAUGACCUCGCUGAAGAGCAUAUUCCCUGAAUGCCUGCUGGUGUGGUCCAGCAUCCUUUCACGGCAGAUCUGGAGGGGUACAGAAGACAGCAAAGAAAUGGACAUUAUCCGUAUGGCUAUUAAUGAGAGCAUAUGUGGAAUUAUGAAAGAACUUGGUGGCUCUGUAUUGAGCGACAGCAACAUAAGGCCAAGUUUGGGACACUACAGACCAGAUGGGGUUCAUCUGUCGGGGAAGGGUAUUGAUACCUUCAAUCUAAACCUGCAGGCUUUUCUGGAGAAAUGGGAGAGUGAGACUAAUAAGACUGAGACGGAGACAUCGGACGCAUCCGUUUGAAAUCCCAGAAAUUGUCAAUUGUUUUGUUUAGCAACUUGUACAGUGCCAUUUCUUUCUUGCGUAUCAUUUGUUGCCGUUGUUUUGUUGCUUCAAAAUCGAUUGUAAUACAACCCAUGUAGAAUGAAUGCAGAUUUGUUUUCUAUACACAUGUAUAACAAAGUAUUUUGCAAGAAUGUUAGAUUUUAGUUUUUACUUGUCCUGUUUUAUACAUUCAGUUUAAUAACAAAUAAAAACAAGAAAAUUGAAAAUAUUCCAAUUUAAGAUGGAAUAAACGUUUCUUUAUUAUUUGAGAUCUCAUGUAUGAUACAAAGAAUGUUCUCUACACCCUACUUGCAUGUUUUAAGUGUGUUUACAACACAAAGCAUCAGCCUCUUUAUUUUUUAUUUUUUGGUUAAAUCUGAUCCACACAUCAGCACAGGAAACAGAAAAAUGUCUUUGGAUCCAAUCUGGGUAUGUUAGUAAGUCUCUCAGUAGUGCCAAUGAUUUCUGAUUUUCUAGAGCAGUGGAAAAGAAAACAGCAUUUCUUCUGUUUUGUGACGAUUUGCUUGUAAAUUCAAUUAUUCUUGUUGAGCUGCAAUGCUAUAUACGUUCCACCUUAAAGAGUCUAAAUAUCUUUGAAAGAUUAUACUUCAUUGAAGAAACUGCCCUGAAGUCUGCUUAGUCAUUGAACCAAAGUGGCUUCCUAAAAAAUGCAUGCAUAUUUAUACUUCGCAGAAUAUAUAACAAUAACAUGGUUGAUUUUCUUAAAUGUGAUUGGCUACACAUCUUGUUAAAUCAUUUCCUGAUAGUAAUCACUUCCCAAAGUCUAGAAUGCUUAAUCAUAAGAAAUGGCAGUAAAAUUGUGCAAUUUCUUUCUUUGACUUAUAUUAGAUAUACUUUUUUUUUUUUUUUUUUUUUUGCUAGAACAUGUUCAGAAAAUACUAGCUAAUGUUAUUGUAUUGGACUAAAACUUUGCUGACUUCGCUCACACUGUCUUUUCCCCCCGACUUGUUACAUUUCCUUGUCAAAAAAGACUUGUCGAUGACAAAUAGCAUAUACAUUUCUUGUCAUGCCAUAUUUGACCAAAUAUCGGAUUAAAUCUUUUUUGUCAACUUUUCUCAGAUCAACCACUCAACCCAUUAGUCCCAAAAAGAAAAUGCAAAACAUGCGCUAAUUGAAACAAGUUGACAAAAAGAUUGAAAUCUAAGUUUUGGUGAUUAGAUAUAUGCAUCUUAUUCGUAAUCUUCAGACUGUCUUUAGAAGGCCAGUCAUUUUUAACUGGGAACUUCAAAUUAGGUGAAGGAGCACAAGGGUCAAAAACAUAAAACAGGAAAUGAGAAAACUCCCAUUUAAAAAAAAAAAUGCACACACAUUCAAAGAAAACAUUUCAUUUUCAAGUGAAUUUCCAUCACGCUGUCUGAAGAGUUCUCUUGAUGUUCUGACCGUAAAAUCUCAGUUUGUAGUUGUUGAAGUCUAUAUUUUCCUAAUAACUUCCCUGGUUCUGUUCAGUUUUGAUGAGAUCUACACACGUGUUAAUCUUUCUUUGUGUGUCCCUCUGUGUCUCUGCUGCUUCUUCCAUGCAAAUGUAAUCAGUUUGAUGUCUAGCGAUUGCUUAUGUAGGCCUGGAAAAUGCCAAUGAUCAAGAAUCAGCAAUAGGGAACACUCGACGGUAAAAUUCUCCAGGUAAGUGUUUUUUGUGGCUUGAUAAAUGUCAUUUGAAUUUGUAGAUGUUUCACGCAAUAAUAAUAGUUUUUUUUUUUUUUUAACCUUUUGUUGUUAAUCAGUUAGAGCUAAACAAUACAGAUUAUAUAUCCAUGAUCAUUAAAAACUUGUAUACACAUUUAUGUUUACUAAUUAACUCAUAUAUUUAUGCUAUUUAUUUUUUAUUUAUGGAGUGUGUCAUGGAAAUUAUUAUUCAAAAUGUGUGGGAACACUUGAAUCCUGCUUGGCUAAACAAUAUGAUUAUAAGAGUGAACCAGGACCCUCCAGCUGACACUGAAGCACAGACGGGAGAAUAACAGCAUCAGAACAGGUCAUGAAGACCGUUAUUUGCUGAUAUUUUCACCCAAAAUCUCGAACAUACCCUUAAAUAAACUCCAAUCAAGGGAACUGGUUUAGUGUGGACUGCAGGGUGAUUACGCAGGUCCUUCGAGACUGCCUCAGAUGUAGGCUAGUUUAAAAAACAAGACCUGUCUAGAGGUUCUCAUUCAUUCAGGUCAUCAUAGAUCAUAUCGUUUUCUUCUCAUACCAAUGAAUAUCAGGAUCAGAUGAGGUAAGGAACAGCGAGUAACCCCUGCAGCGCCAGAUCUGAUGGGCUGUCACUGCUGAGAACUGUUUCUACUCCAGACCUGGAUUCUUCUGAUAUGUUCUGAGAGUUUUGAUUGGUGACUGAAUUAUAUCUGUGUUCCAGCAUGAUAGCAAAAUGUACCGUUUAUCUCCUGUUUCAAGAAGCAUGUGCUUAUACUGUAAAAUGAAAAAUGUCAAAUAAAAGAAUCUCUAAAUGUUA